UCAAAGUAUUGGAAUGUGUGCAAAGAUAAGGGACAAAAACGUUCAGGAAAUAAUUGAAUAGAAGAAAUACGUUGUGUGAAACACUGAUCUAAGAUGUGGUCAAAGAUUGUUGCUGUUUUGAUAGUUGUGCUCUGUAUCCGAAUGUCGCACCAGCAAAGACCCGACUACUGUCAGCUGAAGCCGGAGAGCGGCUUCUGUGAGGCCUACAUCCCCAGCUUCUACUAUAACCCAGCUAGCGGGGACUGCGAGUCGUUCGUCUACGGGGGAUGCGGCGGCAACCAGAACAGGUUCGGAUCCCAGCAGCUCUGUGCCAGCACUUGUCUGGCCAAUGUCUAAGGAUGAGAACGUUCCAUCACGUGGUGAUAAAAUUUGGAAUGGUCAACUCGGCCAUGUAGAUUAAAGCAUCAUAAAUAC